UUUGAACGAAAUGGCGUUUCCUCCGAGUUUGCAAACGAUAAAGGGAAUCUGCAUAUUGGAUAAUGACGGUAAACGAGUUGUUUCUAAAUACUACGACACCAAAGACGAGACAUUCUCCACUGUUAAGGAUCAGAAGGUGUUCGAGGGAAAAGUGUUCAAAGCCACAGAAAAGUCAUCCUCGGAGAUUGUUGCAAUUAAUAACUACACUGUCGUCUUCAGGUCGAAUGUAGAUUUGUUUUUCUACGUGUUUGGUGACAGUAGAGAGAAUGAGCUGAUGCUACUCUCAGUUCUUAACGCUCUCUAUGAGAGUAUCAGUAUGAUUCUGAGGAAAAACGUGGAAAAGAGGGCUCUCUUCGAUCACAUGGACAGUAUUUUAUUGAUAUGUGACGAGAUCGUAGACCGAGGUAUCCUCUUAGAAUGCGAUGCUAACAACAUAGUGAACCGAGUCCAUGUGAAGUCAGAAGACAUUCCUCUCAGCGAACAGACUGUUACUCAGGUCUCGUAUGACAUCCUGAAAAGUUUUAACUGGCUAAGCCAGUCCUAGUUCUAAUGCUAGUUGUUAUAUUAGUAUUUUAAGGUGUUCCAAUCAGCGAAGGAGUCCCUGAAAUGGAGUCUGCUCAGAUAAUGGGGGUACAAAAUGUGGAGUCUACUGUGACGAGAAGAAAGAAGUGAAUAGUUGCGACUUAAAGUGCAGAUCUGACUGGAAUGUGGAACCUUUGUGUGUAUUAUAAUCCGUGGAAUUGUUGCUGACAUGGCCCUUUCAGUGUAUAAAUUGUAUGUUGUAACUUCUAAUCCCUUUAUUUCUAUCCCCUGUUAUAUUAAACUCUUAAAUUGUCCUGGUACUUUCUUUAUGAGCAUGAAAGUGGCAUAUAAUUGCCAUCCUUUUCUAGAUUUUAACGUUAUAUACUGUUGCAUAUUGUACAAAGUUGUGCGGAGGUUUAUAACUGUGACGUCACUGGUACAUACCUUAAAUAAUUGAGCAAAACUAGUUGAUAAUGUAAAUUAUUAAAAUAAAGUUUCAAAACCUUGAAAAUUCUUCUUAGAUAGACAUUCCAUUAGACUUAGCUAGUUUUCAAAUACUUCGUGGGGAAAAUAAAAAUAAAAUAAUGUUCGACGAUCAGUUUGAUUGAUAUAUAAUAUGAUUGUGAUCUAGAUAAAUUGAUUGAUUAGUAAUCCUGUUUUUUGAAUAUUUUAUGUGCGAUAAUUUCAUAUAACAUUGUGUAUUAUAUGAAUUAAAUAUUUAAGUUUAACUUUAUAUUAUCAACCA